GCAAGAGGAAGGCGGGGCCUCUGCGUUGGCUCCUCUUCUCCCUUAGCCCACUACCGGGCCUGGGAGAACCUAGUUAAAUUGUUCUCUCUUUGGUCCCUACUCGCUUGACUCCUGGAGGCUACUCAGACUCUGCCACCUACUCGCUUGACUCCUCGAAGCUACUCAGACUCUGCCAGUUCUUAGCCUACAUGCCCCCUCCUCUAGGCUGGCUUGCGCAAACUCAGAGCCGCAGAAGCUCGGACCCUGGGAAACGGUGGCCCAAGGCCAAGGCUGACACUGAACUGUAACUCCCAGCCCCUCCCCUUGCCUGGGCCUCUGGAAAGCUGACUGUGCAAGCAAAUUGCUGGGGGCAGAAAUGGCUGCCGGCGGCCGAGGUCUCAUCAGGGCCUUGCACUCCUCUCCCUGCCCUACUUGGAAACGAGCUCAGUCGGGAGCCAACGGGCGCCUGAAGCCCGAGUACGAUGCCGUGGUGAUAGGAGCAGGACACAAUGGGCUGGUGGCUGCAGCGUACCUCCAGAGACUGGGGGUGAACACCGCGGUCUUCGAGAGGCGCCAUGUGAUUGGGGGCGCAGCUGUCACGGAGGAGAUCAUUCCUGGGUUCAAGUUCUCCCGAGCAUCCUAUCUCCUGAGCCUACUGAGGCCACAGAUUUGCACAGACCUGGAGCUGAAGAAACACGGGCUGAAACUUCAUCUGAGAGACCCCUACUCCUUCACCCCCAUGCUGGAAGAGGGCACACUGAACAGGCUGCCCAGGUCCCUUCUGCUGGGCACAGAUAUGGCUGCAAACCAGAAGGAAAUCUCUCAGUUCUCACGGAAGGAUGCUCAGGUAGGGAAGGCUUUCCCCAGAUACGAGGAGUUCAUGAAACGCUUGGUGCUAGCCAUUGACCCCCUACUGGAUGCAGCUCCAGUGGACACAACAGCCUUUCAGCAUGGCUCUCUGUUGCAGAGGCUCAGGGCACUGUCCACCCUGAAGCCCCUGCUGAAAGCAGGGCGCACCCUGGGAGCCCAGCUUCCCCAAUAUUAUGAGGUCCUCACAGCCCCCAUUUCCAAGGUGCUGGACCAACGGUUUGAGUCUGAGCCUCUGAAGGCAACUCUGGCAACAGAUGCUGUGAUUGGAGCAAUGACGAGUCCCCACACUCCGGGGAGUGGGUAUGUGCUGCUGCAUCACGUGAUGGGUAGCCUGGAGGGGACGCAGGGCGCCUGGAGCUACGUCCAGGGUGGCAUGGGCGCCCUCUCUGAUGCCAUCGCGAGCUCGGCUGCUACACGUGGAGCAAGCAUCUUCACAGAAAAGACUGUGGCUAAGGUUCAGGUGAACAGUGAAGGCCGUGCCCAAGGAGUCACACUGCAGGACGGCGAGGAGGUCAGAAGCAGAGUCGUCUUGUCCUGCGCGUCACCACAGGUCACCUUCUUAGAGCUGACACCACAGGAGUGGCUUCCCGGGGCUUUUGUGAAGAGAAUCUCCCAGCUGGACACCCAGUCUCCUGUCACCAAGAUCAAUGUGGCUGUGGACAGGCUGCCAAACUUCCAGGCGGCCCCUAAUGCUCCCGGGGACCAGCCCCAAGGUCACCAUCAGUGUUCCAUCCACCUGAACUGUGAAGACACCCUGCUCCUCCACCAGGCCUUUGAAGAUGCCAAGGGUGGCCUGCCUUCCCAAAAGUGGAAAGAACUCCCCAUCCCCAUGGACAAAGAGGGGAUGCCUCUUACAAUUGGUUACUGGAUGCAGAAUCUGAGGGCAGCAGGACAGUGGCUGGGACCUGAGCGGAGGCAGCAGAAGUGGCGGCGAGGAGAGCGGGGAGCACGCAGGCCUAUGAUUGAACUCUGCAUCCCUUCAUCGCUGGACCCUACCCUGGCUCCACCAGGCUGCCAUGUUGUCUCCCUCUUCACUCAGUAUACACCCUACACCCUGGCAGGAGGCAAGGUCUGGAAUGAGCAGGAGAAAAACACCUAUGCGGACAAAGUGUUUGACUGUAUCGAGGCCUAUGCCCCCGGCUUCAAGAGAUCUGUGCUGGCCAGAGAUAUUCUCACCCCACCGGAUCUAGAGAGAAUCUUCAGGCUUCCUGGAGGGAACAUAUUCCACGGUGCCAUGUCCCUGGACCAGCUCUACUUUGCCCGUCCAGUGCCCCAACACUCUGACUACAGAUGCCCAGUGCAGGGCCUGUACCUCUGUGGGAGUGGGGCCCAUCCUGGAGGAGGCGUCAUGGGAGCGGCUGGACGGAAUGCGGCCCACGUAGUCUUUAGAGACCUCAAGAACAUGUGACGCUGGACCAGCUCUGACCCUGGGGAGGAAAGUUUUCCUGCACGUUGAGCCACCGAGCAGGCCAUCUGCCCAAGACGCCCUGCUCCCAAGGAGGCCAUUGGAGACAAACUGUACUAGCAAGGUGCCAUCUGUUCCUUAAUCAGAGACUCAGUUGUAUUUAGCACAAUCUCACCUGUGGCCCAGGUGUCCAUGGAUCAGCUGGGUUUGUCUCACCUGUGCCUCAGGUGUCCAUGGAUCAGCUGGGUUUGUCUUUUUAAAAACCAUGUUUUGUAUAGAGACUGCUUGUAUUGUUUUUCUGUGUCUAUAGCUUGGGGGAACUUGGCACACUAGUUGGACACAGUCCAUCUAAUGCAUGGAAAAAUUUGGACCAACAUCCAACUGUUCCCUUCUUAUCAGCGGGUUUCCCACUACCAACUGAUUGAAGGCCUGGCCUACCAAUGCCCAGUCAACUACCGUCAUAUUCCUGUCACUAUAAAACAAACUCACAGUGACUCACAAGCUCUCUCUCGGGCCCACACGAUGGGCCCGAGCAAAGGUCUGCAUCUCAAGCCGUCAAAACCUCUGGUCAGGAAAUAGCAGUUGAGGGUGACUGUAGAGUGGGCUCACCAGAAACUGCAGGAACCGCUUUCUACCUUCUGCCUGCCAGGUACUAAAUCUGCCAUGUCCGACACUAAACCUUUCAACCUAAAAAGGCCUCAUUCUGCAGUGAGUUGGGCUGUCACUGCCAGAAAGAAACACAGGACAGUUCCAUGAAUAACAACUGUGCUGGCAGCCUCUGCAUGCGGGUCAAAGGCCACCAUCCUAAGCUGUCCCCUCUGAAGGUCAGACAGAGGCUUCCUAGGACUCUUACACCUACCUUCUUCUGCACAGUCAGUUACCACUGGACAACACUCUGGUCAGCCUUUCAGGCAACCAGGAGACAUUUUCAUAUUCUUAAUGUGAUGUAUGUAUGUCUUUCUUUGAAGUUACUUUAUGUCAAAAACUAUCCAGUGUUCUUUUGAAAACAUUUUAAUAGCUGUCUGAUAUUCCCUCGUGGCAAAUAAACCAUAAUUUACUGUGGGA